GGGCAGAAAGAGCUAGACGAAACCCAACUGAAGAGAAGACUUUGGUUUAAUGUAAAGUGUUUCGGUUUGAGACAAUAACAGUUCACUCUAACUUCAUUUGAUUUGGAGACUGACCUUUUUGGUGCAUCAUAUCACUUGUUUCUUUUGAAAAAUGGCACUUCAUAUGAUUUUAAGAGGAUUAAAGGUAAAAAGAACAUACUGUGUACAUGUUGCUCAGAGAGUUUGUUUACUGAGCUCAAAGAUACCAGAUAAACCUCAAUGGAAAGAAAUAAACCCAAAGGACCUGCCGCCAGUCCCAGAAAUAACUGACGAGAUGAUCAAUCAUCUUGAACGGCUGUCUUUAGUGGAGUUUAAUAACAAAGCUGGUGUUGAGAGGUUACGUAGUGCAAUUGAGUAUGCUAAUCAGUUAUACAUGGUUGACACUGAAGGUGUGGAGCCUAUGUAUUCUGUGUUAGAAGAUCGUGAACUUUUGCUACGUGAGGAUGUGGUUACAGAGGGUGACUGUAAGAACAGUAUACUUCAGAAUGCUGUAAAAGUGGACGAAGACUACUUUGUAGCACCGCCAGGAAAUAUACCACUGAAUCAAGAAGAAACUAAGACAUUUCAGAAGAACGAUACCUAGCAUAGUGAAAAUUGUUUUUGACUUGAAAGUGUUUGAAUUAGGAAAGAGAAAGUUAUACACACUUUGUAUUUUGCUUUGAAUAGUUUCUAAGGCAUAUUAAUGUUGCUGCAAAUCUUACUGAUGAAUAAAUCAGAGAAAAAAUUUUUCCUUACAUGAUUGAUAUGUGGUCAUUGUAUUUUGCCAUAACAUUUUGGGAACAGGACUCAGACGUUUAGCAACAUUUUAAUUCAAAAUAGGAAACAUUUCUAGUUCAUUAAAUGUUAUUGUUGUUACCUUGAAUUUUAUUUACAUGUAUUCAAUUUAUUACAGAAAACUAGAAAGUGACAUGACCUUUGGCACUGCUAAAAUAAGUUCAGUUUAGUGCAUAGUCCAUGAGACUAGUUUGGAAGCCUAUGAAAAACAGUUAAAAUUUUUGUGAUGCCUAAGUGAAGUACUGUUGAGAAGGUCACUUAAGCAGAAAUAUAGAUUCUUGCAUAAAACCUUUGUUUUUUGCCGAUUUCGGGCAUGCACAAACAGGGAAAAAAACAUGUACAAACAAGGAGAUUCUCGUGAGCAUGCACGUUUUGAAUAUGCUGUUGCAGGUCCAAUGUAAGCAAAUUAUGGAUCCCGAAUCAAUUUUGGCCAAGACGAAAGGUCCGAGAUUUAUGAAAUCUUUCCGCAAACGACAAGAAGAAGAAAGAAGAUGAAAUCUUUUCAUCUGCAUUUUUAUUAAAAAUAUCAUUUUUCAACCUAACUUUAACUUGUAAUAAGUGCUACCUCUCUUGAUACGCGACUGCAUUGACGUUCCGUAUUAUUGUAUUAUUAGGCGUAUUUGACUCAAAGUAAGUUUACACGCCGCGAUUUAAUCCCUGAAAAUGAAAGGCAAACAACAUUUACAAAAAUACAAUUCCGUUUUCCAAAUUAAUUUGAGUCGAGAAAGUUUAUAUACUAACUUUAAAUCUUACACUAAAACUUUUAAAAAAUGUUUGUGUCUACUUUACACAUCUAUGCAGUCUACUGAUGUAGUGAUGGUGUGUAAUGUAAAGCAUAAACAUGACGAAGCGUUAAGUUUGAAAGAUUUUUCCAUAGUUUAUGAACAUUUGAUGAACAGAAGGUAUUUAUUAUAUAUAUUUUUCAAUUUAUUUGUAGAUCUCACCAACCAUGUGCGAGUUUAUAAAUCCAAUCUUAGUUGAUUAUAUCAAUGUUGGAAAAAUUCAAAUUUUUGCGUUUAUCAAACUUUGAUCGCGAUGGGGUGGGUGCAAAGCAAAAUUUUCUACGUUAUAGGCCUAGAGAUUUCAUUUUUAACGAUAUGAAGAAUAUAGGUAUCGAUACCAAUUUCUAUUAAACGAUAAUGUUUACAUUUAAAUAGCGUAAGGGACAGACUAUUAAUUUAAAACAAGCAGAAUUGUGUUCUGUCGGCACCUCACCUGCAAAUUGUGUAAAGACAGGAUGCUGUGUAUGCCUUUUCUCAUAAUUCCAAGCCUCUAAAGCUAAAGUUCCUACCUAUAUAUCGGAAAAAGGGGGAGUCAUACUUAUUUUACAUAUAUUUUUUAUUAAAGAAAUUACCACAUCAAGAAUGUCCGUUUGGUAUGUAUAAAAUACGCACUGUUUCUGUAGGCCCUGGAAAUGCA